ACAGAAGCAGCACAAUCAGGCAGAACACAUAUGUGGUAUAGUUUCUUCCGCGGACCUCGGGUACAUUGCUGACAGCGAAUUAGUUGUCCAUCGUACGCGUAACAGUCAGUAUCUUACUACCAAGGCUUGAAGUUGGUGUUUCUCGCAUUGCUGGCUGACGCGUUUCGCCAGCCAUGUCGGCGAGCUCACAGAAAGAUCUAGGCGAAGACGAGACGGACGCUGUUUGUGAUCCUGAUGACGAGCAGAUUUUUGAGUUCAUUCAGCGGCUUCCUGGCGAGGCCGUAUCGGGGAGAGAACAGCUCCUUAAAGCAAUCCUCGCGUCUGUUAGCGGCAACAAGCGACUAUCAUCGCGUACUCAAAUCCUUCAAGGAUUACUGGAUUGCUGGCAAUCACCAUCGGAUAUCGAAGAGGAUGCAAAUGAAACUUCAGACCUGCUCGCGGGUUCUAUUUGGAGGGCAUUAUGCCUUGAAACGGCGUACCACGCUGCAGCCAUGGAAAAACCGUCGGUGGAUUGCAUGCUUUGCUUCUGGCAAUUAACCACCGAGGCUUGCAGGCACGUUUCGUCAAUCCUGGAGGACCACUUUGAAGGCGUGACUUCAAAUAUCUCAAGCAUUCAAAACCUUACGGAACAGGCUAUGAGACUGAUUUCCUUGUCCGCGGGAGCUCUCUUAAGUCUGAUGGAAUCACAACCGCUACUUCCAGUCAGAGAAAUCGGCCAUCUGAUUAAGGAAUCGUUCAGAAUGAUGACUUCAUCAUUUUUCUCCACCAAGCCAUUCCCAGCUCGGUGGCAAGAAGCUUUUAAGAGACCCUUGAUCGAUGUGCUCGGUGCCUUCCACAACGUCAGUUCGUCUGCAUUGAAACAUCUGGAGUCAGUUACUCACAAGAGACACAGUCACUGGGAUUCGGAGUCACCCAACGAAGCUGAUGAAGAUACUGACAUGGACCAUCACAGCAAGGCAGUCAGUGAAGAUUUUAACCGCCUGGUUGCUCUUCUUUUUCGAAGCUUUGAAGCGGUUGGAUCCGUUACAGCGCGUAUGGGCUCUCACUAUGCUACGAUCAACCUGGCCUGGAAGACAGUUGUGUCUAUUCUUGCGACUAUGGCCCGAAUAUCUCCUGCUCCACCUUCACGUACAGUGCAGCAACAGCCUCCCAAGCACGAAAGUAACUACGACAGUGGACCUGGUGAAAUCGAUGAGGUGGAUUUGCCUCCAUGGAGCCGUGAAGAUGUUGUGCGGGCAAUCAGCAUGCUGUUCCAGCAUACUGCACGCGGUUUGGUAUUGGGAGCAGAGGCUGGAAGGCAGGUGCUGGAAGAUUUUGAUGCCAAGCAUGGGACGCAUGCAAGCAGGAAGGAGAAGGGAGCUUUUGAGGAGACCUGUGUUGGGGAGGUUGACAAGGGGUCAGAAGGAGAUGUGGCUUACAAAGCAGAGGUGGAAAAGCUCUGUAAGAACCUUCAGCGAAUCUUCAUGCUGACGAAGUUUUUCCAGAAUAACGCGAUUCGCGUGGCACUGCUCUACCCAGUAGAAGCGUGUGAUCCAGCUGCUGCAGAAGACAUGGUCGGCCUGCUGUUCGCAUACGCUGGUCUCCUUCACUUCAGUGACCGACAUGGGAGGUCUGCAGAAGGCAGUGUACAGAAGGGGAGCGGUUUGAAGUGGCCGGUUCCGUUUUUGGUUGCAGAAGCCAUGGCUCAGAUGCUGGGUCCUACAAUGUUUGGGCUUGUUCACAACAUCCUUACUUCGGAGAAGGUGUCAGAGGCUGCCAAGUCCAACCUUGUGCUUCACAUUAUCCCUGCAGCUGUAUCCAGAGGACCGCAGCCGAAUAUGAUCUGGAGGGUGGUUUCAUCUGCAGGCAGCUCUGAGGGUUCAACAACACGUACCAAUCUGAUUGCUCUGGAGCAGCACAGCUUAGAAAUGGCUGAGUGGCAGGCUUGUGGGAGGCUAGUGGCUGCCACCACAGUCCUUGAAGGCGCCGCUUCAUACAGUGAUCAAAUGCUGAGUCUGUUGACCAAUAACCUGGGUAGUCUCAAUAAUCUUGCAGCAGGCCAGCAUUCGUACGCCCCACUGCUUUCCCAAGCCAUCUGGCCAUUUCCAAACCAGCGGAAGGAAGGGACAGACAAGGGGGGGGCAGCAGCAGCAACAGCAGCAAGGGCAACGAGGCAGGUUUUGUUGUUUUCACAACUAACCCAUGGGCUCAAGGUCUUUGUGUCUGUCCUUGGUGCCAGAGUUACCAGUUCCUGUCAGCCCGCUUCCAUGGAUGUGGAACAGAAGAAUUUGGGAUCUUUGCCGCUUUGGGAGGAGAUUGAGGCCUUCCUCUUUCAGAAUGCAGUGCACCCGCAUCCCAUCUGUUCAGAGCUUGCUCGGGACACGUGGUGCUUUCUUAUUCGACAUGCAGACCCUCAGAUUGCAAGAAGGCAUGCAGAGCUGCUGCUUCUAUCUCUUCAGGCGUCUCUUCAAACUGCCGUGAAGAAUUCAUCCAUGCUUCGGUCCAACAAUCUGAGAGGAAACAACGCUGCAGGAGUGCUUUUGGGCCUUGUGACCGGGUUGGAGGAGCGGCUAGCCACAGCAGCCGUUGAUGUUCUCAUGGCAUGCCCUGAUGCCGUUGUAUCUGACGUAUUCUUGAAGGCCUUUGUCCGGCACAUCAACUCAUCUUUCUCAAGGUUUUCAGCCUCAGCAGGAACUGCAAGUGAAACGUCAAAACACAGCCACACUUCCAUGCCCGGGCCUCCGAAGUCUAUCGGCCAGGAAGUCGCCUCUGUCCUGGCUUUCUCUCUACUUCUGGAUCGAGGAAUGGCAGCAGGGAUAAACAAACGCCAGUCUGCUGCUCUCCUCCCAGUCGCUCGUGCGUGCUUUGGCGCAGCACGGGCAGCCACUGCCAAUCUCAUGGCUUGUGGGUCCCAGGAGUUUUCAUGGGAGCAGGCGGCUCUGCUUGGAAGCAUGCUGACGAGCAUCACUGCUGUGCUCCGUGGGAGGGCCGAAUCUGCUACGAGUGGCACUAGCGGGCUUCCUUCUGUCUUUCCAAAUACGAAGGACCUGCUCAAGCUGGCUGCAGACGCUGCACCUCUGCGUGUUUCAUCUAAUAUGAUCGAUGGUGCACUCCUGAUUGGAAGCAGCAGGCAUGGUCAAGUCAGUGGCUCCAGAGGGAACCAGAGCAGCAGCCCUUAUUUAAACGCUCCCAUGAUUGAUUUGGAUGGCUGUACCAAGGAGAAGCUCAAUGGUGCAACACAGCAGCCACUGCUUGCAAGAUCCGCCAGGUUGCUUGCUGCUAUGAGCAGAACUUCAGAUGGCAUCAGUGUGAGUGACGUGGAACCCGUCCUCCAUGCCAUGCUGCAUGCGAUUCAACGAGUACAUUCCCAAGAAAGUGGAUCUGGGCGGGAGUCAUCGAGUGGGGCAAGAAUGGUGAUGGAAGACAUGGCUUCUGCUGCUGCCGUGCUGCUUUCCCAGCUCUUUGCAAGCCCUCGGACUCAGCAGGAGAUGAUCCACAAGCCAGUUGCGUUGGAGCUGCUUCAUGCUCUGCUCUCCGCUCACCAUCUUCCCGCAUCAUACUCAUCUCUCUCUACCCUGCAUGGAGCAAUUGCAGCCUGCCACUCAACAACAGGCAUGGAAACCAGAAAGUACACCUUCAUCAGGAAAGUCCUGCCACAGCCUGGAUCUGGCACUGUGGUGAACGAGCUGAUGAAGCCCGGGUGGACUCCUGAAGAAGCUGAGCAGCAGUUGAAUGAACUUUUCCGCCACCAGCAGCAGCAGCAUGAAAUCUUGGCAACUCACAUUGAUUCUCUACGGAUGGAUGCUCAAAGGCUGGAGCAAGGAGCUCAAGAGAAACUGCCCAAGGCUUUGGAGCCACCUGUGAAGGGAAAUACUCAUUGUAUUGACCUGGAUGGCGUGGAAGGAAACAAUUUACAAGAUGUGCGAAUGGAGACGGGGCAGGAUGCUGAGCUGGCAGUGCUGCCACAAAAGAUAGCGGAAGCAAAUGGCAUCUUGGAGGCGGUUUUGGGAUGUGUGGAUUCCAAGCUUGGCUUGCCCUUGAUGGAUGAUAUGCAGACUCAGCUAACAACCUGCAGCCGCCUAGUGAACCAACUGAUUGACUCAAUGAAACAAAGGUGCUGACACAUGUGUGGCCAAUAACAAUUUUGAAUAUUUAAGCCUCACUUUUCCUUGUUAUUCAGUGA